AUCAUUCUUCCCCAUGUAGUCAGCGAUGUUCAUGCUCCACUCUUGCGCAUUGUCGAAUGUGACGCUCAAACACAUCCUUUUGGGAGUACCCAGUCUAAGACUUUCGCCUGUCAAUAAUUUUUUACACAGUCUCUUCAGUCAAGUGGAUGUAUUUUUUAAUCAAAAACUGGUAUCACCACAAAGUAACACAUACCCAUACAGAGCAUACAUUGAGAAUACUUUAAACUAUGAGUCUACAGCGAAAAUUUAGCAAGUUCCAUCAAACAUGGCAGAAUACUCGAUCUCAUUGGACCGUUACAUUGUGACGUUUUCAACCAGGAGAAAUAUUUGUUAAACGGCGUUGACAUGCAGCUACGGCUUGUUAGAUCUAAAGAUAAUUUCUGCUUAAUGCAAUCUGGAACUGGGGAUUAUAGGGUCCAUAUCACAGAAGCUACGCUACUCGUGCGGAAAGUGAAAAUCAGUCCGAUGAUUCUUUUAGCUCAUGCUAAAGCUCUGGCUCAGACACCUGCGAAGUACCCCAUAACAAGAGUCGAAGUAAAAUCUCUUUCUAUACCUGGCGGUAUACAGCGAGAGACUCUCGACAAUGUUUUUAUCGGUCAAUUACCGAAACGAAUCAUCGUAAGCUUUGUCACAAAUAAGACUUUCAAUGGAGCACCUGCCAAAAAUCCGUUCAAUUUCCAACAUUUCAACAUGAAUAAUCUAUCGCUCUAUAUUGAUGGCGUUCAAAUACCCAGCAGGGCUCUUCAACCUGCAUAUGAUAAAGAGUUAUCAGUCCGAAACUACUAUACUCUCUUUAUGGGAACUGGUAUUCACUACGGAAAUACAGGAAAUGGCAUCGGUCGUACGGAAUAUAAUCCGUUCAAUUUCCAACAUUUCAACAUGAAUAAUCUAUCGUUCUAUAUUGAUGGCGUUUAA